AUGCGUCUCUCUACCAUUCUCCUGGCCGCGGUCGUCAGACCGGUCGUUUCUUGGGGCAAUGUCGGUCACCGUACCGUCGGAUACCUCGCUGAGAAAUACUUGACUGAAGAAGCUGCCGCCAUUUACGGGGACCUGCUCGCCAAUGAUCGCAACUAUGACUUCUCCGAUGCCGCGACUUGGGCUGAUACGCUCAGAGGCCACAUGGGCUGGGCAAGCAAGUAUCACUACAUCAAUCCCCGCGACGACCCCCCUAACAUGUGCGGCAUGAAGUACCCUCAAGACUGCCCAGCGACCGGCUGCAUCAUCUCCGCCAUCACAAACUACACAUCUCAAAUCCUCGACACGAGCCUCCCGCACAUUGACCGCAAGAACGCGACAAUGUUUGUAAUACACUUUUUGGGCGAUAUCCAUCAACCCCUGCACGCCACAGGUCUCCUCCGCGGCGGCAAUGACAUCCGGCCCGUCUGCUGGCGCCGGCAACCCAACCACGGCGUCUGCAACGGCCCCAUGAGCCUGCACUCCGUCUGGGAUACGCAGAUUCCGCACCGCAUCCGCGGUCUGCCGCCGCACCUGAGCAUACCGCAGGAAAAAGUUGCCGCCGCCUCAUGGGCAGCUGACCUAUACCAACGCCAAGAGCAGGCAGGCGUCAACGCCACGGCUGGGCAGUGCAUCGAUUUGAAGACGGGUUCGUGUGCAUUGGGGUGGGCCACAGAAUCGAACGCGUACGUCUGUUCGCACGUGCUGAAGAAGGGUCUGGCUUGGUUGAAGUCAAAUGACCUCAGCGAGGGGUACUUUGAUGAGAACUGGGAAGUCGUCGAUGAGGUGAUUGGGAAGGCGGGCGUGAGGCUGGGAGCGUGGUUGAACGCCAUUGCUGAGAGAUUGACUGCUGAACAAAAGGAGCCUGUGUUUGAGGAUCUUUGA